AUGACUCUCUUCCUACUCGAGACUUACCCGAAAAAUAGGGCUCGCCGCACCAACGGUGCCACGCAAACAUUCCGCCGACCCUCACACGCGACCAGCCUCUCCGGCUCGACGAACCAUUCAUCCUCGCGAGACGCCGCCGCGCCACAGAACUCGUCGACGAACUCGGGCGUAUACGUCCCUCCCCACGCACAGCCUGGUCGCAAUGGCAGUUCGUUCGAGGGUCGCUACUCGCGGGAUCAACUGACGCAGCUGUUCCGGAUACAACAGUCAUCGAGCGACCUCAACGAUGGACUGUCUGAUUUGUACAUGGGUGGAUGGGAGCCUCACGCUACAAAUGGUGCUUCGAGCGCUUCUUGGGGCCGCAAGGACGAUCAUGGCAAGGAGAGGGAGGCGCCGAGCGGGGUCGACCAGUGCUGGGAUAGAGAUGGUAGCAUAUUGCCACUCAGCCUGACUGACAUGACCGACGAUGAGAAAGAAAUCUUCCACUCGUCUGUCAACUCGCCGCUGAAACCACCCACACAGAACAAGGACGGAACUCCCAAAGACGGCCUUUCACUACGCAAAACGUCCGUAUCGCAGGGUCCCGGCACCCCAUAUGGUCUCUCCUCGCCCACAACCGCACGUCCAGGCCCCCGCCGUCGCGACACCAGCGAAGCGUAUCCGUUCCCCUCGUCCCCCGCCACCUCACGAUUCGCGCGCGAAGAAGGUAAUGCUGUCACUCCGCCACCCGCUCUAGUACGUCGUCGGACAGAUUACAAGGAGCCUGUAGAGGGCCGCACUGGUGAGGAGCGCGAAAAAGAAAAGGGCGCGGCUGAGAGUGCUGGUGGCUUUGGCUCUGCAAAGCGCGCAACUACCGCACCUUUCAGCCCAGGUGGUAGUGCUUCGCCGUGGUCCGCGACUCCUGGUGGUGGUUUUGGCGCCUUCGGAAGCUUUGCAGCGCCGCAGUCAGAGAAGAAACCCGGUUAUGGAAGUUUACGUGGUGAGAGUCGAUUCAAAGGAUUGAUGGGCAAGCCGAGCAUUGAGGACUUUGGGAACGGGCCGAAAGAGAAAGCUUCAAUGAGCAACUUGGGCAGGCUAAGCGAGGCAGAGCCCUCAAAGGCAGGCAGUUCGUGGAUGGAAACUCGCACCAACAGGCCAAUGAGUAACGAUACAGAUCCGUUCCCCGAAGACGACCAUCCCACUGGCAGUGCUGCGUUGCGCGGCGAAGACGUUAGCCCGCCCCGGCCACAAGGCUUCGGCAAUUUCGCAACGCCCCACCGCCCCGACCACCGCGACGAUUCUGGAUUAUCCGCAUUUGGGAUGACUACUGCCGACACUGGUCUUCGCGACAUGUACAACAGGAACAACUUCACCGAUCAAUCACCCCAUCGGGGCAAUGAGCCAAUGAGCCCGACGGACACCAAUCCGUACCAGAGCCCACACCACGCACGAGACCAGCAUAAUGACGACUCGGACGAUUCCGGCGACCAGAAUGCACACUUCCCUGGUAUGAGCAGCUUCCACAUCGACCAGUCUGUUCACUCGAGCAUCCACAACGCGUUUGGUGGCCUUGGUGGUCUCGGAAAGGUGUCUGCGCCAUUCGAGACUGCAGCUAGUGACCGCAGCCAGACCUCCAGUGUCGGACCAGCCCGAGGAUUUCCUACCCUACCGGGCCUUGGUGGCCUGCCCGGUCUAGGAGGUUCUGCAGCAUGGCCUACUGGGAACCACACCAUGGGCACUCCAACUCGCGAACGCGGUGGCCUUGGCGGCUUUGACCAUGCUUUCGGGAAUGUUGGCGAGGCUCAAUCGCCCUCUCUGGCUGGCCUAGGCAACAGCUCGCUAUUCGGCCAUGGUACAGUAGGCCGUUCUAGCAGGCUUGGUUCUCUGUUCCCGCCUUCCAUGCAAGAACAAAUGCGAUCUAAUGACCCGAACAGAGCGCAUGCUGACGACAACUCCUCGCAUGGCGACCGGCAACACAGCAUGACUGGCUCCUUUGGAAGAAAUGCCUUUGGUGGACAGGCGCCAGCCCGUGACACGGAGAGCCCGUUCCGCGCAAACCGCAAUCUUUUCGAGGACUUCUCCAAUGCCCACCAUGAUGACCAUAGUUCGGCCGGACAAUCCCAGAACAUGGCUACCACCUCACUCUCCAUGGCUGCUCUCAACCCGACAAGGACCGCACAACCAUCCACGCCCGGUGUUGGAAGUCCAGCCUCCAGUCAGCCUCCGGUGCCUCAGCAGCGAAUGAUGGUUAUGCCUGACAGAAUGAGAUGGAUCUAUCGUGACCCCUCAGGCAAUGUUCAAGGACCAUUCUCCGGUCUGGAGAUGCAUGACUGGUACAAAGCUGGCUUCUUCUCGCCUGAGUUGUUGGUGAAGAAGGCUGAAGAGCCUGAUUAUGAACCCCUCGCCCAACUCAUCCGCCGCAUUGGUAACUCUCGCGAGCCCUUUUUGGUCCCUCAGAUCGGCAUCCCGCAUGGUCCCGCAACAUCUCAGCCAGGCAACUCUUGGGCAGGUGCUGGUCCUAGCACCGCCACUGCACCAGGUGCCCAACCUCCUUUCGCCAACAGCUUCCCCAGCUUUGGGACUACCCUCACUGCCGAACAGCAGAAUGCCCUCGAGCGCAGAAAGCAAGAGGAGCAAUACCUCAUGGCUCGCCAGAAAGAGCACUUGGCUCAGCAACAACAAGCGCUUGCCCGUCAGGUCCAGAUGGGAGUGCUGCCAAACCAGCUUAACCACCACUCCAGCGCGCACAGUUUACAUAGCCAACCAAGCUUCGGUAGCAUCACAUCUCCUGGCGGAUAUCAGCCAUCACCUACCCAAGGCGCCGCGGCUGGAGCGUCCGUCCCAGGGCUCAUGGACAAUACUUUCAGAGUUGGUCCUGGUCCUGUUCCGGGCUUGGGUCCGAUCGGCCCCGGCAUGGACAUGUUGAACAACAGGAGAGACCAAGAAAUCCCCGCUAUGAUGGACCGUCUGAACUUGGGACGUAACAACCAGCCUCCGUUUGCGUUUGGACAACAGCAAGAUCCCGAUGCUCACGCACAAUACAUGGCCUCUGUGAUUGGCGAUCGUGCUCGUCUCAAGCGCGAACAGGCUGAGCAUGACGCCACGAUUCGCCCGGGUGGUCCUGAAGACAUGCAAAACGCACGGAACUUUGCUGAGCGUUUCGCGGAAUUCCAAGACUUGCGAGUCCAGACAGACAUGGAGCAAUCUUCUAAUGCCGCUCCUCCACCAGAAGGCGUCAUUGGAAAACCCUCUGCUUCAUCUGCUCAGCCAUCGCAGCAACCCUCUGAGCCUGUGACCCCCGAGGAACACGAGGGACAGGAUCAUCAGUCAGAGCAUCAGAACGACGGACCAUCUGCUGGUCAAGAGACGCUAUCGCUUACUGAGCAGGUUCAGAAGGCUGCUUCUGCUAAGCAAUCCCCUCAACCCGCAGCUGCAUGGAACAAGGUCGAGCCUGCGAUCUUCCCAUUCCCACCUGCGCCAUCUCAGUCUCCACUUCCUGCCCCAGCCGCUCAGAGGAAGCCCAUUGUCGCUGAAAAUCUCAAUACUGAGUCUCGUUCGGGUGCAGCGACUCCUGCCGCUGAUACUCCUAGUGUGUCCAUUGCUCCGUGGGCAAAAGAGCCAGUCAACGCAUCUCACGGACCUUCCUUGAGGGAGAUUCAGGAGAUGGAAGCCAAGAAAGCUGCAGAGCGUGAGGCAGCCGCAGCCGCAGCUCGUCGCGAAGCCUUUGAGAAGGAGAUGCAAGCCCAAAACCAGUCACCCGCAGUUCAGCCUGGCUUACCUUCGAGCUCGACCUGGGCGAGCGGUGCCUCGCCUGUAACGCCCAGUGCCGCUAACGCUUCCGUCUGGACCAAGCCUGCCGCCACUAAGGUCGCCGCGCAGCCAACGCCCAGUUCCAAGAAGACACUGCAGCAGAUCCAGAAAGAAGAGGAGGCUCGAAAGCAACGUGCUACUGCACAGGCUGUUGCUGCGGCCAAUGCCUUCGGUGCCGCCGCUCCACCUCCAUCGGCUGGAAAGCGAUAUGCUGAUCUGGCUAGCAAGAGCACACCUACGCUAGCUGCUGCUAUGCCUGUUGGCAGCACUGCAUGGACCACUGUCGGCGCAAGCGGCAAGGUAAGGACACCGGGCGGUACCACCACUCCUGUGCCCGGUGCCGUCCGCUCGACUAGCUCGACUAUAGUACCAUCGCUCGCCAAGAAGCCUACUGUCACGCGUAGUGCAACAAUGGGAGGACAAACUGGGAAGCUCAACGCCGAGGAGGAAUUCCGAAAGUGGGCCGUCAACGAGCUUCGUCAUGACCUUAACAAGGGUAUCAAUGCCGAAGACUUUGUCUCCUCCCUUCUUAGCUUCCCGGCUGACGCUGAGCUCAUUACCGAAUCCGUGCAUUCCGCCUCCAAUACUCUGGACUCCCGCCACUUCGCCGAGGAGUUCCUCCGCCGUCGUAAGCUGGCCGACAAGGGCAUCAUCGACGAGCGCAAUACUGCCUCUCCCGCUGAAAACAAGGCCGCGGGUAGUGGUUGGUCGGAAGUUGCCAAGAAGGGUGGCGCCAGCACUGCCCAGCAACAACAACAACAGCAGCAGCAGCAGCAGGCACCUCUCGAUUCAAGCAACUUCAAGGUUGUUGCGGCCAAGAAGAAGACCAAGCGGUAG